AUGCCGCACGCUUCCGGAUUUUCCAUCACAUCUGCGCCCAUAUCUUUUCCGAAAGAUCCGCAUUUGCAAGAAAAUAUGACUUCUGAAGUCCUUGAUCUGCUCAAGAACCUCGACCUCUCCGAGCCGAAGAAGCUGCCACCGGGCAAGAGCGGCAAGCCGACGAAGAUCGCCACCAAUUCGUAUCGUCUCACGAUCGCGAAGGGCCACGCCAUCUUCAAGUACGAUGUUCGCAUCUACGAGACCUACGUCAACAAGCAGGGCGUCGCUUCGCUGAAAGAACUUUGCAAGCAGACCAAGGACGACUUCACCGAGCAAGAUCGCAAGGCGAAGACGGUCUUCCUGCUCAAGCUGUUGACGGAGAAGAAGUUGCUGCCGUUCGGAAAGCUCGAAGAAGUCGUGUACGAUCGCGCGGCGAUCCUCUUCAGCCUGAAGAAGUACCCGGCGGUCAACAAGCUCUUCGAUGCGGCUACCCUCAAAGAUAUGAACUACAAGUGCUCUGAGGAAUGCACCGGCGUACAAUUCGAGCUCAAGCCCGUUACCGAGGACUACGCUCUGAUAACCGACGAUGCCUUCCGGGAUGGUGAUGGAAACAUCUUGGAGUUCCUGAACCUGCUGACGUCUCAACACGCCUUCGUCCGCACCGACAAGUUCAUCGUCUACCAGUCGAACCGUGCCUUCCUCUUCGACCCCUCUGAGGCCGGAUUCCGCGAGGCCGAUUGCCCCGCCCUUCCGGACGGCAAGUACCUCGGAAUUGGAUGCGGCAAGAGCGUGCACAUCGCCGAAGGCGCUUCGAAGGGCAACGUCGGCCCCAUCGUCACCGUUGACGGUU